AUGAGAAAGAACAGCACGGCGUCCCCGGCGGGCAAGAAGUGCGCCAAGUGCAAGGAGUCGCUCGGGCAGUACGCCGUCACCACCAAGGACGGCAAGAUGUACCACCAGAGCUGCUUCGCCUGCGCCAAGUGCCAGGAGCCCAUGGCCGGCCCCUACGUCGAGGUGCCCCCAGCCCCCGUACUCGGGCCGAAGGGCUUGCUGCCGGUGAGCUCGUCGGCGGAGCCCAGUCGGCUGUGCGAGCAGUGCUACGCGCGGGUGGGCAAGUCGCUGUGCGCCCUGUGCGAGAAGGUCAUCAUCGCCGGCGGCCUCGUCGCGCUGGGCGAGCGCUACCACACCGAGCACUUCGUGUGCACCACCUGCUUCGCGCCCCUCACCGAGGGCUACUUCGAAUACCACGGCAAGCCCUACUGUCGCCUCCACAAGGCGCAGAUGGUGGGGCUCGUGUGCGUGGACUGCAAGGGCGUCAUCACGCAGGGCACGUACGUCACCGCCCUGGAAAGCAAGCACUGGCACACCUCCUGCUUCAAGUGCUCGCGCUGCUCCGUGUCCCUCAACGAGUACUUUGAAAAGGGGGACCAAGUGCUGUGCGGCAAGUGUUCGGGCAUGGGCACUCUAGGCAAGAGGAAGGAGGAGACCAAGGUCGACACCGUCCAGCUCGAGCGCGACUACGCCGCCUGGACCCGCACCUCGGAGAUCAAGGCCUGGCCAACUAAUGCACCGGGCGCUUCCACCAGUCUGCUGUCGACGGGAAGCGGGUGGCCUACUGAGCUCGGGUCGUACGAGGCCGAAUUCCCAUUCGCGCUCACCCGGGAGUCGCUCAACGUCGGCCACCGCUUCUACAAGAAGUACCUCGCCAACCAAGAUCACAGAAACUUCUGUUGCUUCUCGGACCCGCCGGUGGUGAUAUCGAUCGAGAGCAAGACCGACAAGAUCGACGGCUCCCUCUACCUCUACCGCACGCUGGUGAGAACGCACAAGGGCGACGAUCGGUUGCUCGUGCCGAUCUCCAGCAAGAAGCCCUCCAAGAAGAAGCUGUUCGAGUACCUCAAGACGCUCUACCCAGAGCUGAGCGUAAGCGACGUGGUGGAGAACUCGACCCCGGAGCUGGUUGCGAAUCUGUUGGCGUUCGAGGAGAAGCAGCUCCAGCGCAACUUCAAGUUUGGAGUGCUCUACUGCCGGCCCGGGCAGAAGACCGAGGAUGAGAUGUAUGCCAACGUACGCGGUAGUCCGGCGUUUGAGGAGUUUUUGGAGUUUUUGGGAACAAAGAUAGAACUGGCGCAGUGGUCGGGCUACUCUGGUGGACUGGGCACGAAAGAUACAAGCACUGGCACGUUUUCCAUCUUCACGAGGGUCAUCAACAAGUUCGACCUAAUGUUCCACGUCUCCACCUACAUCCCGUUCCACGGCGCCGACGCGCAACAAGUCGAGAGAAAGCGGCAUCUGGGCAACGACGUCGGCUUGAUCAUCUUCAAAGAUGGCGGCAGUGGAGAUGACGGCUUUGAUCCCUUGACCAUCUCUUCGCACUUCAACCACGUCUUUAUCGUCGUCCAGAAGGUGCCCAAUGCGAGCCCCACAUCCUACUCGGUGAGCAUUGUGCACAAGCCGGGCGUGAAGCCCCACAUGCCUUUCCUCCCGUUCCCAGCCACGUUUCGGAAGGGCGAAGACUUCCGCAACUUCCUACUGGCCAAGCUUAUCAAUGGAGGUUUGGCGGCCCUGCACUCGCCCGAGUUCCUGUCUUCGCUGCGGCGCACGCGUAAGGAGCUGCUGGCGGAGGUGAUGAAGAAGCAGUCGCCCCGCCCGGCCCUCAGGGCCUCCCGAGGCGAGAAGCCGUAG